AUGUCGCGCACGAUCCGCCCUAGCAGCGGCGGCCGAGGCGACCUCAAGAUUUGCAAGCCGCCGUGCCCGCGCAAGAGCGUCCGGUACCGCAAAAGUAAAAAGGAGGCCGACAAGGACGUGGUGUGGUGCAACGACUGCGACGGCUUUGUGGAUAAGGUAAGGCGCGGCACCGGCGGUCGGGCGGCAGGCGGCCGGGGACGCGGCGGCGGCCAGGACCCGUCCGACGGCCAGCGCCUCGGGAGCGGUUCGGUCAACCCGCGCGACGCCGCACGCAACGCGGCGAUCGCCCGCCUGGAGGGCGUCGACAACCCGCCGCCGAAGCGACCCAGGGUUGCCGGUCCCGCGUUCCACGGCAACAACGAGGGCGCCGGGCUGCGUGUCGGCGGCGCACCGCUCGCGCCCGACCGCGAGCGCGAGCGCGCGCGCCAGGAUGCCAUUCGGCGAGACCUCGCGCGGCUCCACGCGGCCGCGACGCCGUACGCUGCGGACGACGCGACGCGCAUCCAGCGUAUGCCCGCGCCGUCGCGCCGAUACUUCCCGCGCGACGGCCCGGACGACGACGCGACGGCGGUGGCCGCCGACGGUGCGACUCUAGGACCGAAGCCCUUGGCCGACGGUUCCGUCGUCGUCGACUACGCGUUCCAAGUGCCAACGCUCGGUCCGGGCCUGUCCCAGGGCACGCCGGCCGUCGUGAACGUGUCCGGCGGCCGCGCCCAGGUCGAGAGCUUCGCGCGGUAUGUCGCGAACCGCGACGCCGGCAAGGACCGCCACGUCGUCUUCUGCCCGACGCGCGGGCGCGCGGCGCCCGGGAAGCUCCUGGACUUCCGCGGUUUUGCAGAAGAAUCCGCGGCCGACGCAGCGACGCUGUUCUGCUACGUCGUCGACCCGGCGGAGGCGGACGCGUACCGCGACGUCGUGGGCUUCGGGGACGACCCUCGCACGACGCCGUUGCUCUUCGCGCUGCCGGAGGCGGGCCGCCGCGUGGGCUUCGCGCGCUUCUGCGUCCUCGAGUUCUGCCGCGGCGCCGUGCUACUGAGUCGCGCGCCGGGCGUCGCGCACCGGGCGCCGUGCUGCGUGCCGCGCUGCUGGAUGGUCGACGACAACGUCCGGAGCGUCAAGCAGUGGGGCCCCUCGGGCCUUCAGGCCGACGACGUGGCGGCGUCGUUCCUUGAUGUGCUCCGGACUGUCGGGCGCCUCAAGGUCGCGCGCGACUACGCGGCCGUCGGCAUCGCGUCGUCGGGCAAGGGCACCGUGUCGCGCGGCGAGCGCUUCGCCGUGGACGCGAAGGCGACGUCCAUCUUCAAGUUCUGCCGCUUCGAGCUCGCGCAGUGCGCCGGCCUGAGCUUCGAGCCGCGGCUCCGGUGGGCCGAGGACGUUGCCUUCUCCCAGGCCGCGCUCGCGUCGGGCAAGAAGCUCCUCAAGGUCAACUCGUGUGUCUUCUGGCAGGGGCGCCUGCGCGACGGCGGCUGCGGCGCCGAGCGCGCGCUCGCGGCGCGCCCGGGCGGCGCGCCGCUCCUCGAGGACGGCGAGCACGCAAAGACCGCGACGGUACGACUCCUCGAGGCGUGGAUCGCGGCGUGGCGGCGCGCGCCGCCGGGCCGGGAGAGGCUCCGGGUCGCGGACGUCCCGCAGCAGCAGGACGACGACGGCGACGACGUGAUCGUCAUUGAUGAUUGA